AUGCUUAAAGCCAACGGCCAUAAAAUAGAUCUUGACCACUUAGACUUAAACCGUACCUACACAUUUGAAGAAUUUGAAUUCAUUAAUGAACAAUUAAAGACACAUACCUUGGAGAUCAAUGAGACCCCUGUGGAUCUAUUCGAGUUCAAUAAAGGAAAAAUCCUUCCAAUGCCCCAAAAUCCAAUAAGUAAGGAAGCUGUGGUUUGUGAAAUUUCUAGACAACUUGGCAAUUGGAAUGUGCAGACUUGUGAAAAUGGAAUUACCACUACAUCUCAGGGUGGAUUUGAUUUCAACAUUUCUGGUCAACGGGCAAUUCGUGCACCUGAUGUUGCAUUUACCCCAAAGAAUAUUUACCGUUCGCUUAAUCAUCAACAACAAUGGACCUUCAAGGGUCAGCCAUUUAUGCCUACCUGCAUUGUAGAGGUCACAGUUACUCAAGAAGGAUACCAAAAAUUCAAUGAUUUAGAUCAAAAAUUCAGGGAAGUUUACUUUGCAAUGGGCUCGUCAGUUGAGCUUGGAUUCACACUUGAAGUAGAGAAAAUUGAUGAUGCAAUUUCACAGGAAUCCUCAGAAUCAUCAUCAUCAGAAAGUGAUGAAACAAUUAACUGUCCUAAAUGUGGAGCAACUUUCUCAAAUUGUUACAUUUUCAUGAAACACUUUGAAGAUAAUCAUACUCAUAAAUGGUGUAAAAAAGAAUGA